AUGAAGAAAAGAACUAAAACUAGAACUCAUAAGAAGAUAUCUGAAGAAGAGGAAGCUUCCAUUCCAAAAUCUAUGGUGAUUCAUUUGGGUGCUUCAUUAGCAAAUCAUUCAUUAAGUCAACUUGUUAAAGAUUUCAGAUUAGUUAUGUCUCCUUAUACAGCUAUUAAUUUGAGAGAACGUAAGAAUAAUAAAUUAAAAGAUUUCAUAGUUAUGGCUGGACCUUUAGGGGUUACAAAUCUAUUCGUAUUUAAUCAAUCAGAAAAUGGGAAUCUUUCGCUAAGAUUAGGUAAAAUGCCUAGAGGUCCAAUGUUUCAAUUCAAAAUCGAUCAAUAUUCUUUAAUGAAAGAUGUUGCUAAAGUUUUGAAACGUGCAAAAUCCAUUAGUAAAGAUGGUAUUGAAUAUAUGCAUCCACCUUUAUUGGUAAUGAAUGGUUUCCUGACUAAAGGUGCUCCUCAUGAAAAAUUAUUGUUAACAAUUUUCCAAAAUUUAUUCCCACCAAUUCAACCACAAUUUACUAAAUUGGGUUCCAUCAAGAGAGUAUUGAUGAUAAAUUAUAAAGACGGUAAAAUAGAAAUUAGACAUUAUUCUAUCGAUACUAAAACUAUUGAUAAUUCAAGAAAUAUCAAGAAAUUAAUUCAAAGUCAUCAACUAAAUAAGAAUUUACCGAAAUUAGGUAAAAGUGAAGAUAUUGCUGAUUUAGUAUUAGAUCCUUACAAUGUGGGAUUAACUUCAGAUUCUGAAGUUGAGGAUGAUGCAGUUUUUGAUCAACCAACUAAUGUGGUUAAAAAGAAAGUUGUUGAGGCUGAAGAAGGAGAAGAAAAGGAAGGUAAAGAAACUAGAAAGAAAGCUAUCAAAUUAACUGAAUUGGGACCAAGAAUAAACAUGACAUUAAUGAAGAUUGAAGAAGGCUUAACUGCUUCCAAGACCAUUUAUCAUUCAACUGUUACUAAAUCUAAGAAAGAACAAGAACAAUUGGAAGCUAAAGCUCAAGAGAAACGUCAACUCAGAGAAGAAAGACGAAAAAGACAAGCUGAAAAUGUUGAAAAGAAGAAAAAGAAGAAGGUCAAGAUUCAAGGACAUGAAGAUGAUGAAGAGGAAGAUGAAGAGGAAAAUAGUGAAAUCAAUCCUGAUGAUCAUGAAAAUGACAGUGAUUUAUUCAGUGAUAUUGAAAAAUAG